GGGGGGCAGCGUGGGGGGGGGGGGCGGACCCUCGGGCAGAUACCCUCCUCCUUGCACCCGCCUAGCGUUCUCGGCCGGCAUGGGAGGGGGGACACACUCCUCUCCCCACUCCCACCCCAGCCACACCCCUCCCCAGCUUUUGCAGGGCAUUGGCGAAUCUCUCCAGGCCCCGCAGAAUGGCUCCCACAAAGAAGGGCAGCAAAAAGAAGGGUCUCUCUGCCAUCAACGAGGUGGCGACGCAGAAGUACAUCAACAUCCACAAGCGUAUCCAAGGCGUGGGCUUCAAGAAGCGCACUCUUUGGGCACUCAAUGCGAUCCAGAAAUUUUCCAUUAAAGAGAUGGGCAUUCCAGAUGUACGCAUUGACACCAGGCUCACCAGAGCUGUCUGGGCCAAAGGAAUAAGGAUACUAUUGUCCAGAAAACGCAUUGAGGAUGAAGAUUCACCAAACAAGCUGUAUACACUGGUUACCUAUGUACUUGUCACCACUUUCAAAAACCUACAGUCAGUCAAUGUGAAUGAGAACUAAAUAUUAAGUGUCAAAUAAAAUUACAAAACAAAUAAUAAUAAUAAUUAAGUUUACCUUAGCGAGAAAAGUGGUAAAGGCAGAAGUCAGACUUCAGUGCUAAGAAGAAAACGGCAAGUAAAGAAGUGGGCUUUUAAAAGUUUGGCUAUGGGGGCUGGGUGGUGAAGCACCCAGUUGUGCACACGUUACAAUAUGCAGGAACGCAGGAUCAAACCCCUCCUUCCCACCUACAGAGGGAAGAUUUCAUGAGUAGUGAAGCAGUGCUGCAAGUAUCUCACUCUCUCUCCCUCUGCUUCUAGGUUUCUCUCUGUAUCUAUCCAGUAAAUAUAUAUGUAUAUAUAUUUUUUUAAUUAAAAACUUAGGGAGUCGAGCCGUGGCGCAGUGGAUUAAGCGCAUGUGGUGCAAAGCGCAGGGACCGGGGUGAGGAUCCCGGUUCGAGCCCCCAGCUUCACAGGCGGUGGAGCAGGUCUUUAGGUGUCUAUCUUUCUCUCCCCCUCUCUGUCUUCCCCUCCUCUAUUUCUCUCUGUCCUAUCCAACAACAAAUGACAUCAACAAUGGCAAUAAUAAUAACCACAACGAGGCUAAAACAACAAGGGCAACAAAAGGGGGAAAAAUGGCCUCCAGGAGCGGUGGAUUCAUGGUGCAGGCACGGAGCCCAGUAGUAACCCUGGAGGAAAAAAAAAAAAAAACAGCUGUCGGGAGUCAGUCAGGUGUCAGUGGUGGCGCAGCGGGUUAAGCGCAGGUGGCACAAAGCGCAAGGGCCGGCGUGAAGGAUCCCAGUUCCAGCCCCAGGCUCCCCACCUGCAGGGGAGUCGCUUCACAGGCAGUGAAGCAGGUCUGCAGGUGUCUAUCUUUCUAUCCCCCUUUCUGUCUUCCCCUCCUCUCUCCAUUUCUCUCUGUCCUAUCCAACAACAACGACAUCAAUAACUACAACAAUAAUAACUACAACAAUAAAACAACAAGGGCAACAAAAAGAGAAUAAAUAAAUAAAUAUUUAAAACUUAGCUAUGAUGAGGCUUAAGAAUAAAAGUGUUAAAUGAAUGGAAUGCUUUCAUUAAGAAAGGGCAUAGAGUUUCCCUUUGAGGGAAACUCAAAGCAGGAUCAGACUAAAUUUGUAGUAG